AUGAGGCUUUCUCAUAAUCUUGAAAUUGUAGACGAGGAUGAAUUAGUACAUGAUUAUGAUGAAGAAGUACAGUUUAAUGAUGCGUUUGCUCCAAAUUCUGAUGAUGAGGAAAUGGAAGUUGAAAUUAAUAAGGAUGAAGUGCAACUAGGGGGUGAACUGCAAGUAGUUGCCGAUGAUGAUACUGAUUAUGUUGGAAGUGAAGAUGAAUUGGACAAUUUCAGUGACACUGAGUAUGAGCAUAACAAUGAUAUUGUUGAUUUUGAUUGGACCACAGUCCUACCUUCUGAGAACUUAUUUGAUAAGGUGAACAAUUCUGAUGUUGAUGAUGACUCUGAUGUGUUGCUUACACCUCCUGCUAGUGAAGAUGAUGAGGAACAUGAAAAGUUUCCUGCUUAUAAAAGUGGAGAGGUAUUCAAGUUUCAAUUAGGUAUGAUGUUUAACAACAAAGAUAUGGUUAGGGAUGCUUUGAAGGAGUAUGCAAUGAAGAUGAAUAAAAAUGUUUCUCUGAAGAAAAAUGAUGGAAAGAGGAUGGUAGUAAAAUGCAUGGAUGGUUGCAAGUUCUACAUGAGAAUUACCAAAAGGAUAGGGAACCAAUUUUGGCAAUUUGUAAGUCUGAUUGAUGAACAUACAUGCUAUCGAACUGCACAUAAUAGGCAGGCAAAGACAACAUGGCUUGCCAAGAAAUUUGCACAUAUUUUGAGACAUAACCCUGACAUGAAACCUGUGGGAUUGAUUGCCGAAGCUGUUGAUAGAUGGGGAGUGAAGUUGUCUCAUGAUAAGGCAUAUAGAGCCAAAAGAAGGGCUAUGGAGUUGAUCCAAGGUGCUGGUAUGGACCAAUUCACCCAUUUAAGGCGUUAUGCACAAGAGUUACUAAAGUCAAACCCUAAUAGUAAUGUUGUGUUGCAAUGUGCUGAUUCUAGUGAAGGUCCCGUGUUCGAGAGGAUUUAUGUAUGCUUAGAAGCUUGCAAGUCUGGAUUUUCAAAAUAUUGCAGGCCACUCAUAGGUUUGGAUGCUUGUUUUUUGAAAGGCGACUACGGUGGACAGUUGAUGGCUGCUGUAGGGAGAGAUGGAAAUAAAAAAAUAUAUCCUAUUGCUUAUGCUGUUGUGGAGGCCGAGACAAAAGACUCUUGGGAGUGGUUCAUCAAUAUUCUAAUGGAAGACCUGGAAAGCCUAAACCAUAGGGCUUAUGCCUUCAUUUCAGACCAACAAAAGGGCCUAGUACCAGCAGUGCAAAGUGUGAGUGCUCAUGUCGAGCAACGCCUUUGUGUGAAGCAUCUAUAUGGGAAUUGGAAGAAGAAAUAUCCUGGGUUGGAAUUGAAAGAGAUUAUGUGGAGUGCAACAAGGGCUACAACAGUUGCAGCGUGGGAGAGGGCAAUGCUAAGGAUGAAAAGCUUGAAUAAAGAUGCUUGGAAGGAAAUGAAGGAUAUCUCUGCACAAUACUGGAGUAGGUCACACUUUAAGACUUAUUCUAAAUGUGACCUACAGAGGAUCACUAGCCAGAAGGAUGCAUUAAGCAAGUAUAAUGGUGAUAUUUGCCCUAGAAUACAAUUGGUGCUCGAAAAGAACAAGAAGGUUACAGAAAAUUGGACACCGACAUGGCAUGGUGAUGAUGAUUUGGCCAUUUUUGGUGUGACAAAUGGAAGCGAAACAUAUGUUGUCAAUCUAAAACAAGAGACAUGUGCGUGUAGGAAAUGGGAUUUAACUGGAAUCCCAUGUUGUCAUGCCAUAACUUGCAUAUUGCAAAACAAUAAAAAACCAGAAGAAUAUGUGUCUGGCUAUUACAGGAAAACUACUUUCAAGGAGACAUACUCACACAUAAUCUUCCCUACCAAUGGGCCACAAGUGUGGCCUCAUGAUGACCAAGUAUCAAUCAACCCACCAGUUAUGAGAAGGGCAAUUGGACGAUCCAAAAAGAUGCGAAAUAAGAUCAAUGAUGAGCCUAGAAACCCACAUGUUCUUCCAAGAAAGCUGCCAACUGUUACUUGCCAUAAGUGUGGAGCAAUGGGUCACAAUAUGAGAACUUGUAAGGGAAAGAGGGCUGCUGACAGGGCCAUCCCAAAAGGUGGAAAUAACAAGAAGGCAAAGUGUGGAAAGACGAAGAAGAAGAGUACAUCAACAAAUGCAUCAGAAGUUGGAAACUCAUCACAAGCACCUCAGCCCACACAACCAUCUCAACCAUAA